AUGAGGCUAUCCAUACUUUUCAUUGCACUCUUGACUUCGGUCUCAUCCGCGGCCACAACUGAGGACCCAGGUCCAUCUCCUACCGCUUCAAUCGGCUGCGAGCCACACGGAGACCAUUGGCACUGUGACGGCCCGGCCUCAGCAGUGGUCACCUCAGUUAUAUCAACAACAAGCGAGGUUGAAGUGAGCACCACCUCUGCAGAUGCUUCUCCCGCAGUUCCCAGUCCUACCGAGUCUAUUGGUUGUGAGCCGCACGGCGACCACUGGCACUGUGAUGGUCCAGCAUCAACAGAUGUCUCAGGUGCAUCCACGACAAGUGAGGUCGAAGUGAGCUCCACUGCGGAUGCUUCUCCUACAGCGCCCAGUCCUACCGAGUCCAUUGGCUGCGAGCCGCAUGGUGACCACUGGCACUGCGAUGGACCAGCCGAGACGGCUAGCGCCUCCGUCAGUGCUUCUACGAGUGCUUCAACAAGUGCCUCCGCGAGUGCCUCUACAAGUUCUGGAGAUGACACAAGUGGCGCCGGAUCAACUGGAGUGCAAAUUUCACUGCUUGUUGGAUUGUCACUUGUCGCUGCUGGUCUGAAUAUUUGA